AGCGCAGUCGUCUUCUGCGCAAGUGAACGCGCAGGGAGAACGCUCAUCGGCAAGAGCGAAGCAGCGGCGUUUACGGCUCUCGUCGCAGACCGCGCGCUAUAUCGGCGAAGGUACCCGGAUCCAGUAAAAAAAAAGCGCCUACGUACCGUGCUCCUAGAUUGACAACUCAAGGCGCGCAGCCUCAACACGCACGCCUGCACACCUUUAAAUCUCCCUCUGCUUAGAAAUUGAGGAUCUGAUCCAAGCAGCGCAGGGUCCGCCUUGGACAUUCAUAGAAGCGCAUGCCUCGAAUUCAAAGCCGGCUGCAUGCGGAUGAGCUGCUGAGCACGAGGCAGGCUUUAGCGAAGGCAGGUGACGUCAACGCCGCGCUACAGCAGCGCGUCGAGCAGCAGCAAAAAAUUCUCGAUGACGCAGAAGCUCAAAACAAAGGGCUCCGUGCGCAACUCGCGCAGGCACACGAGGAGGCUCAGGCAGCCCACGCGAUGCUAUCCGAGGUGCAGGCGCACUCCGACGAGCGGGAGCGCCGUCUGCGAGAGCAGCUGCAGCGCAUGACGCAGGACGUGCACACCUUAGAGGAGAUGGUGCAGGCAGCACGGCGACGUGAAGCAGCGCACGCACACGCACCGGGUGAGGAGAGCGCGCAGCGACAGCGAGCAGAGACGGGAGAGGUGCAGGCCGACGGCGAGUCUUCACACGAUGUAGCCGCACGAUCUUCUUGUCCUCCAUGUGUCGCGUGUGAAGCGCCGCCCGACGUCCCCAAGUCUCUCGCGCUAAGUGCGUUGCCGGCACCGUCUGCACGUAGCUUUUAUUGGCAGGAGCAGCUGCUGAGUACCGCGCAGCAAGCGACCGCGAGCUUCGACGUUGUGCGACGCCACACUCACGACCUCUGCCAGGCUCUCGGCUCCAGUACACCAAACCGUGAAAUGGAUAGCCUGAAAGCAGCACCGACGUCCACGUCAACAGGCGCGGGACAGGACUUGGCGGAGCGGUGGCGCCGCCAGCUGCAGCACCUGCAGAGCACCGUUGACGAAGUCGUCCAAGCAGACGCGAGGCUGAUCAGCUUUCUCGUCCUGGUAGCGGGGCAGCAAAGCAAAGAAAUCGCACGACUGCACCAGCAGUGGUCGGAGGCGCAGCUGACAAUACACGAGGUGGAGGAAGUCCUGGACGCGGCGCAGACACGCGUGUACGAGCGUGAGCAAGAAGUGGCGAUGCUGCGUGGUGAGUGUGCGGCACUCAGCGACGCACGGCUGCGUUACGAGGCACAAGUCAAUACCCAACUGGGUGAACUGCAAGCCAACCGCGCCGCGGUGCACGCGGUAGAGGAGGAACAUCAGAAGUACGUGGAGACACACAGUCGUCAGGUAGAGGCGCUGACGGUACGACUAGCGCAGUCAACGAGGCUUCAUCAACAGGCCACCUCCUACGCCCACAAACUUGAGGCAGCGCUGCAGGAGAAACAACAUUUAUUAGAAAGCGCGGUUGCGGCCCGCAACGAGCGGCAGCGGCAAGAAGUGCUGACGGCGGCGGAAGCACAAGUAGAGCAGUUCGUCACGCAGCUGAGUCAAUCUGCCCAACAGCUGCAAUCUUCGCUGGUACAUCUCUGCUCCGCCGCUCCCGCUUCACCGACGGCACCGACGAGUGCGGCGCCGUGCGCGUCCUUCAGCGUGCCGCCACCAAAAACGGCCCUUUCGGUGUCUUCGCCGUCGCCGUCGCCGCCCGGCCUGCGAUCCGCUGCGGGCGUGUUGUCGUCGUCGACGCGUGUUGGCACCCGUUCACCUUCCUCUGUGCCGUAUGAUGACUCCAUCUUUCUCGCCGACCUCACGCUACCGUUCUCCUUUGACGGUUAA